CUUCAGGUCACUUGCUCUUCUUAAAGGUCUGAUGCAAGACGCAGCAUAGUUCUAAUGUGUGCCACCCAGCAACCACCUCUAGUUAUAUAGGCAAGCUGAUUUCUAGGGUGCUGGGAAGAUCAGACCUAGAACAACUGAGUCCAUGGAAAGGUGCUUGGAGAAGGCUUGGUGCCUGGGAAGAAGAUACUUCUGAGGACAUUCUUCAUGGGACAGCAGCAGAGCCUCAGAAAACAAUUUCCUUUAAAUGGUCUCAUGGAUGAAGCAUAUUGGAGCAUCUUUUGAUCUCGGUUCACAGAAGUGGUCUAAGAGGGCAGGGAUGUCUCAGAACAACACUAGCAAAGAAGCUCCUGCCGCCCCCCCGGGUGAGUGCCCUGUGUGUUAUGAAACAUUUCAGUCUCCAAAAGUGUCCCGCCGGAUGCUGAGCUGCGGCCACACAUUUUGCCAUGACUGUUUGGUCAAGUGUCUGCUGUCACAUGAAGAAGGCCAUCUGCAGAACACCCUUACGUGUCCCAUCUGUCGCUUUGUGACCUUUCUCUGCAAUAAAAAGGACUGCUGGCCUUCCAAGACAGCCCUGAGUCCAUCCUCUUUGGAGUUGCCUCUCUCACCUUCCUCGUUGCCACUCACCUGUGGAGUGCCACCCUGCUCUGCAAAUACUUUGGUGGUUCCUGGCCAUUUCCUCUUGCCGCUGCACCAUUAUGACAGACACCAAGGUUCUCAGAGGUAUCCUACCGUGGACUCCAUUGUACGGCCCAGUGGCCUGGAACGUGAAUCUCAUAUCUUCAUUAUUACUCAGUAUGGAAUGCCGCUAAUUGAAGAGGACUAUAUUACCAUAGCUCAAGAUCACGGAGAAGCUGCUGAAUCAGAGACAUCACAAACAUGUCCUGGAAUGGGCUGCAUCCAGUCACCUAUUAUGAUGGCCGUUUUCCUUAUCUCUGCUGUUGCUCUGUUGGGGGCUGUGCUUCCCUGGCUUCUCCUUGUGAGAAAUAAUGAAUGAACAUGUUGGAUGAAUCCUUCCAUUGCCAAGGUGGGACUAUUCCAUGAUGAAUAUUGCUCAUUGCUACAUCUACAACAGUGAUGGGUUGCUACCGGUUCGCCCCAGGUUGGGUGAACUGGUAGCAGCAGCAGUAGGUGGCUCCGCCCACCUGCCUGGACACUUCUGUGCAUGCGCAGAACCUUCUGCGCAUGCACAAAAGUGCUGCAUUUGUGCACAAGCGCCCACACACCCAUGAGUGAACUGGUAGCAACAGGUUUUGAAACCCGCUCCUGAUCUACAAGUGUGGAAGCCCAAAUGUUUGCAGGGUCCAGAUGGAUGGAAAGUCUUAUGAAGGAACAGGGAAUUGCAGAAAAUGGUAUUUGCGUUAUUCUUCCCUUGCCAGGGUUAAUAAUAUCCUUACUUCAGAGAUGCAAGGAAGACCACCAAGAGAAAUAAGUAUCCUUAUACUAAGAUAACUUCCAUUACUAUUAUAUCCUCUUGUUUAAUUGUAUUGGUCUCCAGCUCCAUGACAUCCAGACAGCAGAUUAAUGGCUGCGCUAGUGAUUAUGGAUAUUGUAAUAUGAUCUAUUUGGAUGGUGCUGAGGUAAGGGAGGAUACAGGAAGGCAAUUAUUCAUGGUCCUAGUUAUAUGGUAGAUGCUUAUCUGCCCUUCCUCUGAGUUGCUUUAUGAAAGUUCCCCAAUUCCCAAUGAGGUCAGAUCAGAGAUAGAAAUAUUUCUCAAUUUUAUCAAAUAACAUUCCUUGCUGUUCCAGAAUCUUUCCUGUCAACAGUCUUUAUAUCUCAUUUGUGUCUGCAGGUCAGCUUGAAUCCUGUGCACAGGGAGAUUGUUUUCACAAACAGUUCUUGCCUACUUAAUUCCAAGUUUCAUUUCAGUGUCCACUGUAAUUAAAGAAACAAUCCUGUUCAAAAGAAGUUUAUGUCAGCCUAGGCAGCAAGGAAUAUUUUGGGCUGAUUCCAUUCAAAUUCCAACUCUCCCAUCACAUAGUUCUGGAAUAUUAACUAUUUAUUUAUUAAUUGAAUUUAUAUACCGUCCUUCUCCCGAAGGACUCAGGGUGGUUUACAGCCAGAUAAAAACACAAUUGCACAAAAAUUAAAACAAGUUUAAAAAUCUGAUUCAAAUUAAGGCCGAAACAAAAAUUUAAAAUUAUAAUAAAACCAUAAUAACCUCUAUGAAAAUUACUUUAAGCCAGCCCUGCGCAGAAAAACAAAAAAGUCUUCAGCUCGCGACGGAAGGUCCGGAGGUCAGGGAGUUGUCGUAUCCCUGGAGGCAGCUCAUUCCAGAGGGCAGGUGCUCCCACAGAGAAGGCCCUCCCCCUGGGGGUCGCCAGUCGACAUUGUUUGACUGACGGCACCCUGAGGAGGCCCUCCCUAUGGGAGCGCACAGGUCAAUGGGAGGCUAUUGGUGGCAGCAGGCAGUCCCGUACGGCGGUCCUGUAAAUAACCCGGUCCUAUGCCAUGGAGCGCUUUAAAGGUGAUAACCAACACCUUGAAUUGCACUCGGAAGACCACCGGAACUCAAAAGGAACUCCUGUGGACCAGCAGGGCCUGAAUUUCUACAUAUAUAAUUGGGCAGAAAUGAUCUUUUGAAAUGUUUCAUUAUGUUAUGGGCAUAGAAAUAGCUACUUGCUUAUUCUGUUCUCAAGGCAAAAGUAUAGUAUCGAGUAAGGCAGAUGUGGCUAGUUGGGAUGCUGUUGAGCCAGGUCUGAGCAAGAUAAUCAUUCUAUACAGUAUUGUAUUUCUAUUGAUCGCUUCUGAUGCUGUGGUAGGCUACCUACUAUUGUACUACAUGUGUAAAGUAUCAGUCACUGUGAUAUUUUAAAGCUAGGUUUAUACUAUUUUUGUAGCUUCUGAGUUUUGUUUUCUACUUUUAAUAAUUGUUGUUACAACUAGGAUUAAUAAAAUAAUUCCAUUUUGGCUGCAGCUUUAGCAUACAGUCUACUGUAGUUUUCAAGAGCAGUUUUACCAAAUUUUCUUUUCUUCACUUCAAAGCCUAAUAUUGCCAAAAUCUUUCCUAACUUGCCUAGGCAGGAAUCCCUUCUUGUGAAUCUCACUGUUGAAUAUACAGUCAAUAAGCGCCCCUUAUGGGCAAUGAAGAGAACAUCACACAUAUAAUUUCCAAAGACAGCUUUUCCCAACCAGGCAAAUUCCAGACUAGCUAGGAAUCCUGGGAGUUGUAGUCUCAGUAUAUCAGGACGUACCAUAUUUGGGAAGUCUGCUGGGGAACUGCAGGGAGCACGUGUCUUGGCAUUAUAAUGGCAGGCGCCACCAGGCAAUCGAAGCCCUCUUUCUUUUUACAUGCAUGUGAUAUUUGUGAUGUAUGUUGAAAUGAAGUCACUGUGGUGACCUACGGAAUUGUUCAGCUGUGAUUAGAAUUGCAAAUAUUCCAUUGUAAAAUAAAGUAAAAACAAAUGGA